AUGGUUGAAUCUGGAAAUAUUCAGUUGUCACAAGGAACAUGGUUCAAUAAACCAAAAGUAGUCUCUCAGGAGGAAGGCAAGGUUAGCCUGGAAACAGAUGAAAAGACUGACUUCUGGCGUGAAACGUUCUACGGAUUCACUCGUGACAGUGGACAUUUCUUGGGAGUGAGGGCCGGAAAGGCCUUCACUGCACAACUCCGUAUUCAGGGAAACUAUCAAAGUCUAUAUGACCAGGCUGGUAUAAUGGUGCGCAUCGAUAAUGACCAUUGGAUUAAAGCUGGUAUAGAAAUAUCUGAUGGACGUGCCAUGUUAAGCAGUGUUUUAACAAAUGGAAAGUCUGAUUGGACAACUGCUGUUUAUGACGGAAAUGCUAGCGAUUUCUGGCUUCGUGUUACUGUUGAAAAGGGCUUUUUGCGGCUCCAGGUGUCAUCUGAUAAAAAAACAUGGCCGUUAGUUCGUUUAGCUCCCUUUCCUAUCUCAGAUCAUUAUCUUGUUGGGCCAAUGGCCUGCACACCUGAGCGAGGUGGACUAAAAGUCACUUUCUCAGAGUGGAGUCUCACAGCUCCUCUAGAAAAAGCCUUACAUGAUCUAAGCUAG